AUGCCAGGGGCAAUGAUAAUAAAAUAUAUUGCCGUCGCUCUUAAAUGUGAAACAACGUCCACGACCGACCCUCUCGACAGCAGCCCCGGACACCACCUGUCCACCAAAGCCCUGCGUAGGAAGAGGAUGGACCGCUCGAUCAACAACAACGGGCCUAUCGCCACGACCAUAGCCACCCCUGACUACCUCCUACACAACAACAACAACCACCUGAAGAACGAGCGGCUCAGUCCGGGCACCCCGGACACGUCGAGCAGGUCGAGAUCGGUCACCCCCAGUUCGGCUUCUCACCCUGAUACGCCGCCUGCUUCAGAGGCGCCCAUGAGGAACUACAGCGACUUCAUGAGGAGCUUGGCAGCCAAGUACAACAACACCAAUCCCAACGAAAACGGCUUCCCCCCGCCUCUCGACCCCCGCUUCAAGCCGGCCGCUUUCCCCAGCCUCGUCCCGCUGCCGCAGCCCGCGCAGCCCAAGGACGCCGGCGACCUCACCAAGAAGCCGCCAGACUUCCCGGUGCUGAACCCGUUCGCUGGCGUUGCCGGAGCCGGCGCCGGCAUGUUCCCGCCACUCAUCGACAUGUCUACCACGCAGACGCUGCUCGCCAUGGUGCGGACGGCCAAGGAGGCCGAGAUACAGGUGGGUGCGGUGUUGCCAGGCGCGCCGCCCUCGAAGAGGCCCCGCACCAAGACGCCCUCUGUGGGCAGCCCCACGGGUGGCCUGCCCCCCACAGUGGGGCCCAAGCGGGCGGCCAGCGAGAGCCCGAAGCUGCACGAGGAUGUGUCCAAUUGGACGGUGGAGGAUGUGGGGAACUUCGUGAUGCGAAAGCCAGUUGCUCCAUUGGGUAUCGUUCACGGGCUACUAGAGUGGACGGUCAAACAAUUGAAUUUCAACCGCAAUCCGUUCCGGUCACCAGAUCAGGAUCGAAUAGUGACGGGCAAAGAUGAGAUAUCCGUUUUUUCUUCUCGUCGGUAUACUUUGACUAAAUGGUACUGA